AUAACGUCGGGUCGGGUCAGCGGGCGCUGCAGUAGUCGCCGCAGCGGCGAUGGGAGCGGUGGGGACCAGGUGGCGGCGGCGGCGGCAGGAGGAGGAGCAGGGGCUGGCACAAGAGCAGCGGCUGGGGGCGGUGAGCAGCAGCAGUAACAGCAGCAGCCACCGUCGCCAGUAAACGCGGACGGUACCCGAGGGGACUACCCAGCCGGCCGGCCCUCGAAGCCGCGCUCGGGUCCCGCCGCACUGGGCGGCGGGGGAUGGGCAGGCGGCGUUCGUCCCGCCUGCUGAGGGUUGACCUCUGCCGGUCCCGGCCCUGAGCUGGACCCGAGCCCUCCGCCCGAAAUCCCUGCGUCCGCCACGGCCCAGGUUAAAUGGAAACCACCCUUGGGAGCUGGAUGCCUGUGUAGUCAUUCUACCACAUCAGUGAAUGAAAUGAGUGGAGGAGGAGAGCAGCCGGAUAUCCUCAGUGUUGGAAUCCUGGUCAAAGAAAGAUGGAAAGUAUUGAGGAAGAUUGGGGGUGGGGGCUUUGGAGAAAUUUACGAUGCCUUGGACAUGCUUACCAGGGAAAAUGUUGCACUGAAGGUGGAAUCAGCUCAACAACCAAAACAAGUUCUGAAAAUGGAGGUUGCUGUAUUGAAAAAACUACAAGGGAAAGACCAUGUUUGUAGAUUUAUUGGCUGUGGGAGGAAUGAUCGAUUCAACUACGUGGUCAUGCAGUUGCAGGGUCGGAAUCUGGCGGAUCUACGCCGUAGCCAGUCCCGGGGCACAUUCACCAUUAGCACUACUCUUCGUUUGGGUAGACAGAUUCUGGAGUCUAUUGAGAGCAUCCAUUCUGUGGGAUUCUUGCACCGAGACAUCAAACCGUCAAACUUUGCCAUGGGUCGCUUUCCUAGUACAUGUAGGAAAUGUUACAUGCUUGAUUUUGGUUUGGCUCGACAGUUUACCAAUUCCUGUGGUGACGUCAGACCACCUCGAGCUGUGGCAGGCUUUCGAGGGACAGUUCGUUAUGCAUCAAUCAAUGCUCAUCGGAACAGGGAAAUGGGAAGACAUGAUGACCUUUGGUCCUUAUUCUACAUGUUGGUGGAAUUUGUGGUUGGUCAGCUGCCUUGGAGAAAAAUAAAGGACAAGGAACAAGUGGGCUCUAUUAAGGAGAGGUAUGACCACAGGCUUAUGUUGAAACAUCUCCCUGCAGAAUUCAGCAUCUUUCUGGACCACAUCUCCUCUUUGGAUUAUUUUACAAAACCAGACUACCAGCUUCUUGCAUCCGUGUUUGACAACAGCAUCAAGACCUUUGGAGUAAUUGAGAGUGACCCUUUCGACUGGGAGAAGACUGGAACUGAUGGCUCCCUCACCACCACCGCUACUUCUACCACUCCUCAGCUGCACACCCGCUUGACCCCUGCGGCAAUCGGAAUUGCCAAUGCCACUCCCAUCCCAGGAGACUUGCUUCGAGAAAAUACAGAUGAGGUGUUUCCAGAUGAACAGCUUAGUGAUGGAGAGAAUGGCAUCCCUGUUGGUGUGUCACCAGAUAAAUUGCCUGGAUCUCUGGGACACCCUCGUCCCCAGGAGAAGGAUGUCUGGGAAGAGAUGGAUACCAACAGGAAUAAGAUAAAGCUUGGGAUUUGUAAGGCUGCUACUGAAGAGGAGAACAGCCAUGGUCAAGCAAAUGGUAUUCUGAAUGCUCCAAGCCUCGGUUCACCAAUUCGUGUCCGCUCAGAGAUUACUCAGCCAGACAGAGAUGUUCCAUUGGUGCGAAAGUUACGUUCCAUCCACAGCUUUGAGCUGGAAAAACGUUUGGUGCUGGAGCCAAAGCCAGAUACUGACAAGUUUCUUGAGACCUGCUUGGAGAAAAUGCAGAAAGAUUCCAGUGAAGGAAAGGAAUCUGUUCUCCCUGCUCUGCUUCAUAAGCCUUGUGUUCCUGCUGUGUCCCGUACUGACCACAUCUGGCACUAUGAUGAAGAGUAUCUUCCAGAUGCUUCCAAGCCUGCCUCUGCCAACACCCCUGAGCAGGCAGAUGGUGGUGGCAGCAAUGGAUUUGUAGCCAUUAACCUGAGCUCCUGCAAGCAGGAGGUUGAUUCCAAAGAAUGGGUGAUUGUGGAUAAGGAACAGGACCUUCAGGAUUUUAGGACAAAUGAGGCUUUAGGCCAUAAAACAACUGGAAGCCCUUCCGAUGAGGAGCCCGAAGUCCUUCAAGUCCUAGAGGAAUCGCCUCAAGAUGAAAAGCUCCGAUUGGGUCCUUGGGCAGAAAAUGAUCAUUUAAAGAAGGAAACCUCAGGUGUGAUCUUAGCAGUUUCUGGGAAGUGCCCUGCCACUGCUGCUUCAGAACAAUAUGCAGAUAGGCUGGAACUCCAGGCUGGAGCUACUAGUCAAUUUAUUGCAGUGACACCCACAAGUCCAAUGGAGGCACAAGCAGAAGGACCCCUUACAGCAGUUACAAUUCCUAGACGUUCUGUGGCAUCUACACAGUCGACUUCAGGUAGCUUUCAUUACGGUCACCAGCCAGAAAAGAAAGACCUUCAUCCCGUGGAGCCCACUGUGGAACUUUACUCUCCAAGGGAGAGCUUCUCUGGCUUGGUUGUGACAGAGCGCGAACCUCCUAGUGGAGGAAGCAGAACAGACUUCGGGCUUCAGAUAGAUCAUAUUGGUCAUGACAUGUUACCCAGCAUUAGAGAGUGUGACAGCUCCCAAGACCUGGGACCAAAAGACCUUCCUGACCAUAACAGACUGGCUGUGAGAGAAUUUGAGGGUCUCCCUAGGGAAGCGGAAGAGAAAAGCAUGCUUGUGGGGUCAGAUAAUGAAGAUGAGAAGUUGAGUAAAGGGCAGCCUUAUAUUGAGAUCUCCCCUCUCCCAGGAGACUUGGUGACGGUGGAAAGGGAUCACUCAGCUACUACUGAACCUCUCGAUGUGACGAAGACACAGACUUUUAGUGUGGUGCCAAAUCAAGACAAAACUCACGAGAUAGUGAAGCUUUUGGCAGUUGGAACUUCAGCAGUAUCUCCACGAGUUAUUGACCGACAUGUUGAAGGACAGAUAGGCCAGGUGGCAGCAAUGCAAAAAGGUAAGAUAUCUAAGGAGGGUGACAUCAAGGGUGAAGACUUGCUGAGUCAUCAAGGAGACCUCUCUACUUUUUUGCACCAAGAGGGUAAGAGAGAGAAAAUUGCACCUAGAAAUGGAGAACUAUUUCAUUCUGUUUCAGAGGGUGAACAUUGUCCUCCAUCCCGGAAGGAUGUGGUUAGGUCAUCCUUUGUAACUAGACACAGCCGAAUCCCUGUUUUAGCACAAGAGAUAGAUUCAACUUUUGAAUCAUCCUCUCCAGUCUCUGCAAAAGAGAAGCUCCUCCAAAAGAAAGCUUAUCAGCCAGAUCUAGUCAAGCUUCUGGUGGAAAAAAGGCAACUCAAGUCUUUCCUUGGGGACCUCUCAAGUGCCUCUGAUAAAUUGCUAGAGGAGAGAUUAUCCACUAUUCCUGCUCCUUUUUCUGAGGAGGAAGUCUUCACUCCCUUUUCAAGACUGGCUAUAGACUCACACCUGAGCAGGUCAGCCGAAGACAGCUUUCUGACACCCAUCAUCUCCCAGUCCAGAAAGAGCAAAAUUCCAAGGCCAGUUUCAUGGGUCAACACAGAUCAAGUCAACAGCUCAACUUCUUCUCAGUUCUUGCCUCGGCCACCACCAGGAAAGCCACCCAUGAGGCCUGGAGUAGAAGCCAGGCUCCGCAGAUAUAAAGUCCUAGGGAGUAGCAAUUCCGACUCAGACCUUUUCUCCCGCCUGGCCCAAAUUCUUCAAAAUGGAUCUCAGAAACCCCGGAGCACUACUCAGUGCAAGAGUCCAGGAUCCCCUCACAAUCCAAAAACACCACCCAAGAGUCCAGUUGUCCCUCGCAGGAGUCCCAGUGCCUCUCCUCGAAGCUCUUCCUUGCCUCGCACGUCCAGUUCCUCACCAUCUAGGGCUGGACGGCCCCACCAUGACCAGAGGAGUUCAUCCCCGCAUCUGGGGAGAAGCAAGUCACCUCCCAGCCACUCAGGAUCUUCCUCCUCCAGGAGGUCCUGCCAACAGGAGCACUGCAAACCCAGCAAGAAUGGCCUGAAAGGAUCCAGCAGCCUCCACCACCACUCGGCCAGCACUAAAGCCCCCCCAGGGAAGAGUACCAACUAUUUCUACUGUCAACCUCCAAGACAAUACCAGGGAAGUACAUUGCUGUGGAAAGUGACUUUAUGCUUUUAGAGCUUUAGAAAGAAAAAUAGGAAGAAAUUAGGUAUGUUGAGGCUUAAAAUUCUCAAACUUUGUAUUUUAUACAUUUAGCCAAUAAGGAAUGAGUAUCUGAGGAAAUAAAUUUAGGCUCAAUAUUUAUCUUUUAAGGUUUUAUUACCUGCUUCACCUGUGCUUUAGUUUGACUAUUUGGGCUUCUUGACCUGAUUUCCAUGUAAUCUUAAUUUAUAAAGCUGUAAGGAGGAUCAUAUUUGUUCUGAUCUCACUCUUCUGCUAAAAGGAAUCAGUCAGAGUUAAAUUAUACUAGAUAUUUAAAAUGAGCUCUUUUAUACUCAGAGUUUUUGUGUUCUAAAGACCUUAUUAAGGUCAGGUAAAUUGGUCAGCUUGCUGUUGAAAUUUGCCUUCUAGCAAACAUCUGUGCUUUCUCUUUGACCUUGUGUUUGCUGCCAAACCUAAUAUGGUUGAAUUGGAAAACAGAAAAAAAGAAAGAUAUUCACCAAGUGAACAUAUUCUAAUGCUGCAUCAAAGCUGCCCUGAAGCUGCACUGAACUUAUCUUGUUCUCUUUAUCUGUGUUGAGCUUUUUGAAAAAAAACAAAAAACAAAAAACAAAACCUCAAAACACUAUUGAGGCAUAUACGGUCUCCCAUAAGAAAUAUAGCAUAGUGUGGAAUCUUAAUUUCUCUCCGGUUUCAAGACUACAGAGGAAUGCAAUAGAUAAGACAUAUUUGCUGUUUAACUAAAGCAACUGUAAUAUUGGAAGACCAAUCCUUCUGUAUUUAAUUGUAUAAUAGUUGCUAUAACACUACUUGCAUGUCUUCAUGGUAAAUUAUAUAAAUAUUUAUAAAUAUAUAGAGAAACAUGCUUAUAUAAACUCAUUCUUUCUCAUUCUCCAUUUGUAAUUUCAAGAUCACAGAUGGUGAAAUUACUUUUUAUUGUGUGCCUCGUGUACACUUGGGCCUUGUCUAUCUUCAUUUUCUGAAAAUACGUUCUUGGCAUGUGACAACAUUUUUUUUGCCUUCCUUGUGAAUAAUGCAAAGGUUGGCAGUCUUUAACAAGCCAAAAUAGGUUAUUUAAUUUUCAUUUUUAAAAGAUUUUAAUAGGGGAAAAAAUUACUAGGACAUGCUUGUAAUACUGGUUCAAAGAUUUGUCAUGUUAAUUACCUAAUUCUGUCCUAAUGGUUAGAGUGGAUAAACUGGGAUGAUAAUCAUGGGUCUGACAUAAAUUGAUUUUUUAAAAAAUCUCUUAAAAAUUACCAUUCUGCUUUCCUCUUUUCACCUCACUUGGGGAGGUGGGCGGUGGGAAGUAAUCUACAAUUAAGAAAUUAUCUUUUUCCUGUUGUAUUAGCUAAAUUGUGCUAAAAGUAGCCAGCUUUAAAUCCUGAGCCCUCUAAUCAGAAAUGUGCUCAUGGUAACUAUUUGAAAAGCUGAUGAGGCUGCAAACUGUAGUAUGUGUGUUAUUUUAUUUCUUAUUGGCAUUUCUCUGCUAGAAGUCAAAACUGACAGUGAUGGCAACUGAAUGUUUCCUGUCUUUUUUGGUUCCUUCCAUUUUUCUUCCAGUUUUUCCACUGUGUUGCCCCCCUUUUCUAAAUGGCACUGACAAACUCAAGAUCCAGAGAGAAACAGCCUUGUUGUGUAAGAAUAUUGUAUUUUGCAUGUAGAGAAAAGAGUUAACCAAAGAUAUUUCUGCUCUGAUACUUUCAAAAGAUGACAGAUUAAUCUCAUGUAUCAAUAGAUCCACUUAAGAGGACUAUCUUGUAUAGAGAUUUUACUCUACGGUUUUUAAAAGCAGUUUGUGCUUUUAGAUUUUAGAUGUCUUGGGCUAAAAAGAGAUGUUGGCAGCCCUGAGCAAAGCACUUUUGGCACAAGGAUUUUUGUUUUUGUUUUAUUUUAGAGUAUGAUACAGAAAAUGAGUUGGGUUUUGUUGUUGUUAGUUAGUUCUUUUAAUUUUUCACUUUUUUAGUGAUGGCAUAUUUCAGAUUUCAGUGACAAACAUAGAUCAUCCAACUGAUUUUAAACCAGUUUGUUUAUUCUACCUAAGGUGAGGGACAUGGCCAUCAAUUAAAGUCAAGCCAAACUAUAUUAAGAGUAGUAUGGGGCAGAAGUUAAAAUUAUCUUUUGAAAACCAGGUGCCUCCUAGUUUCUCCUUUCACAACAAAAUGGCUAGUUGCCUAGUCACACUUGCCCUUACCCUCCCUUGUCUAGUCUUUGGAAUUACUUGGGUGGAGCAGAAGAUGGAACUAGCGACAGUUCAGUCCCUUUAGGUAGCAUUAUUCCUCAAUUAUGCUGCCAAAUCUCCAGGGUGUAGAUUGUUUGAAAUAUUAAAAUUCCACAUAGCAGUCUUUUGCACAGCUUAAAGGCAUUUAACUUUAAUGUGUAGUGAAUGAAGAAUGAAAAUUGGGUCAUAUCAAAUUUAACUUUAAAACACAGAUUAUAAACAUUUUCGAAUGUUAAGUCUUAAGUAGGCACUCUUAUUCUCAACUUGGUGUGCAAGCUGGCCUUGCUGACAGUGGCAUAGUUACAUUUACUGUUUUUUAAGUUGCAUGUUGUGGAGUGAAUGCUUUUUUGUUUUGGGGGGGUUUUCUUGAGUUAACAAGUUAAGUCCUAAAUUAGUGGCAAAAUGGUAAUUGCGACCCAGUGUUGUCAUUAUCCACUCUAUAUUGUUUGCUUUAAAUACUAAACAAAUCCCAUCUGCUUACUAAUCCAGCAGACUAGGGUGCAGUAUCUCUUUCGUUCUCAGCCACUAUGGGAAUUUGAAGUUCUUCUGUAAUCAUCAGAGAUUCCUUCCAGGCCACAGAUUUUCAUGUGAAUGUUUGUAUGGUUAUAUUCAAUUGACAAGGAAAAGUGUUGGUGCAUGUUUCAUAAACCCAGACACAGACAGUUAAAAUGAUAACUAGUUUUUCUAUAUCCAGUAGCUUUGAAUUAAAAACAUUAUGCAUUUUCCCUCAAGAGCAGAGGAUUCUUUGUUCUAGGAACUACAUUCUUAAUCUAACAUUAGGAAUUGGUGAUAGGAGAAACAGGAUCCAGAAUUCAGAAUUUAGUGUCUUAGGGGAAAAAAUGCAUCUUACUCUGGCUAUUUGAAAAUACAUUUAUUUGUAGAUAAGUCUAGAUUUAGUCUUGAAGAUCAAAAUUUUCACAUUUUAAAACUUUUCAUUCCUUGAUAUCUAUCAAAACAUGGCAUAUGUUAGGGAACCAUUUCUUCUGUCAUGUUCAUGUGUUUUGGAAUUAAGUUAUUUGCGUUCACUGUUUUAAAAUCUGCCCAUUUCUGUUUAUAUGUAUUUAUCACAGAUGUGUUGGGACUUUGCCUAAAGGGAGAGAUAUUUCAGCAUCUGUAUCA